GGAAAGUGACUCAAUUCAUGCAGUGUAUUAGAGCAUGUCCGUCAUUAUUUCUGCUGACCUGGUAAUUAUGCAUUGGAUCCGUUUAUAAUGAAACAAAUGGUCUGAUGGAUCGGUUUUGCUUUGUUUCUAAUACAUUCACACAACCGUAAAUUACUCAAGGGUUUUGGGACAACUUGUGGAUUAUAUUCAUGUAUUCUUUUGAAGCCAAGUACUUGGAUAUGGUUUUUGUGUCAUCAUUGGGGUCAGAAUCCAUAGUGCCACUAUAACCACAGGCGGGUACAUUUUCUGAGGACCGUUCAAGAACUCCGCAUACUUACACAUUUUUUUCUUCUGCUGAACAUCCAUCAGAAGAAGCUGCAUCUCUCCCUUUUAUUUGACAUAAUAUUUUGGGGUUUAAUAAAAACUCGAAGAAAAGUCACGCGGCAUUAUACCAGCUAGUUAUUAAACUUGACAAGGAUGAUGAUGGCUCACCCUCGCCCCCUGUUGGUGAUAUUGCUGCAGCUGCUCCUCUCCUGCUUGCCCGCCCUCGGAUACUCCUCCAACAGAUUCUUCUACCAAGACAUUCUCAACGGAAACAGCAAUGGAGAGAUCCACUUUAACGGUGUAAAGCUCCAUGUGGACUCCUCCCAGCCCUCUGUGUUCGCUUUGCGGGGGAGUAACGCAACCCUAUCCUGCCGAUACUGGUACGAGCCAGAAUUGAGCUCCCCCAGGAGGGUGCGGGUGAAGUGGUCCUGGCUGCCCAUUGUGGGGGGCCAUGAGACAGACGUUCUAGUGGCCAUCGGGCCCCGCAUUCACAGCUUUGGGGAUUUCAGGGACCGGGUGCAUCUCAGACAGGACUCACCAGGAGAUGCUUCGCUGGUCAUGACUGAACUCCAGCUCAAUGACACGGGUCGUUACCGCUGUGAGGUCAUCGACGGGCUGGAGGACAAGAGCGCCACUGUUAACCUCGAGCUACGAGGUGUGGUGUUUCCCUACCAGCCUCCUCACGGGCGCUACAAUCUGACCUACCAUGAUGCUCAGCAAGUCUGCCAGGAGCAGGACUCCACUCUGGCCACCUUCGAGCAGUUGUUCCAGGCCUGGGAGGAGGGGCUGGACUGGUGCAACGCAGGUUGGCUGGCUGACGGGACAGUGCAGUACCCAAUCACCAAGUCCCGGAGCCCCUGUGGGGGGCUGGACCUCGCCCCCGGGGUUAGGAGCUACGGUAGACGCCACCGCCACCUCCACCGCUACGACGCCUUCUGUUUCUCCUCCUCUCUCCGAGGUAAGGUCUACUACCUCCAGCUCCCCCAGAAGGUCAACCUCACUGAGGCCCAGCAGGCGUGCUUCAACGACGGGGCCCAGAUUGCCAAGGUGGGCCAGCUCUACGCCGCCUGGAAGAUCAUGGGCCUGGACCGCUGUGAUGCCGGAUGGCUUGCUGACGGGAGCCUGCGCUACCCCAUCAACAACCCCCGCCGCAACUGUGGCCCCAUGGAACCAGGGGUGCGCAGCUUUGGGUUUGCCCCACCGCACCACAAGCAUGGAGUGUACUGCUACAGUGCAGUUGUGGUGUUUCCCUACCAGCCUCCUCACGGGCGCUACAAUCUGACCUACCAUGAUGCUCAGCAAGUCUGCCAGGAGCAGGACUCCACUCUGGCCUCCUUCGAGCAGUUGUUCCAGGCCUGGGAGGAGGGUCUGAACUGGUGCAACGCAGGCUGGCUGGCUGACGGGACAGUGCAGUACCCCAUCACCAAGCCCCGAAGGCCCUGUGGGGGGCUCGGCCUCUCCCCCGGGGUUAGGAGUUACGAGGUGAGAGAUAGAAAGAUCAACACUGUGUAACUGGAUGUGUUUUGCUCCUCCUCCCCCUCCGAGGGUAAGGUCUACUACCUCCAGCUCCCCCAGAAGGUCAACCUCACUGAGGCCCAGCAGGCGUGCUUCAACGACGGGGCCCAGAUAGCCAAGGUGGGCCAGCUCUAUGUCGCCUGGAGAUUCAUGGGCCUGAACCACUGUGAUGCCGGAUGGCUCGCCGAUGGGAGCCUGCGCUACCCCAUCACCAAACCCAGCCGCAACUGUGGCCCCCUGGAACCAGGGGUGCGCAGCUUUGGGUUCCCCCCUCCAUACCAGAAGCAUGGGGUGUACUGCUACAGUGCAGGUAUGCAGUAAAUCUGAUAGAUGUGAUACAUCUACAUAUCACCAAUCUCACAUCUCUUCUAGUAUGGUAACAGAUCACAAUCCAGAAAUGAAGAGGUGUAUCUCAUGAAUAGAAAUUCUAGAAUUACUAUAUUAGGAUGCGAAGGUUGCGUUAUCGCGUGAAGUUGUGAGAAUUUCUACUGUAGCUGGGGCCUGCUAUUAACAACUGGGAGAAUGAUCUGUCUGUACUUAGGGGCUGUACAUGUUUACUAUGGUCCUCCUUGUGAGCAGCCACCCUUGUUAUUUACACCAGCAGGUUAGCAGCACCAUGGUGAACAUGCAUUGCUCACGCAGGAUCAAACACUCACUGCAUCUAGCCUGUGGUCAACGAGAUCAGGAACAUUUGUCGUAGUCCACCAUUCAAGGACUUGAGAUUUCCUUGCUCUGUUUUUUUGGCUGUAUUUGAUAGGGACAGAUAUAAUCUAGAGAUUGAAUGAACAACAGUCAGAUGCAAUGCACCAUCAUACCUGAGCUAAUUUCCAGUGGUUGUCCUCAGAUUAUCAUUGAAGUACACUAGUUAGUAUUAAAACAUCUACACAGUUGUUCUGAUGUCAUGAGCCAGAUCUUUACAGUAUGCAUAUCUAUGACUGUUGAUAGAUGUGUUAUAUUGUAAUAUAAUGUAUGAAUACUAUACCUACACAACUGUAGUACAUUAUGGACCCACCUUCAUCUUGUUGUAGCCUAUAAUGUGAUCCCUCACUAUGUGUGAAUGAGCCUGUAGUUAAACCCGGACCUCAGCUUCAACUGUAAUAUUAUGCGUAUUGUUAGUUCAACUUCCUGUAUUGUAUGCAUUUACUGUUCUCUCUUUGUAAACAUUUUCCUGUACGACAUAGGAGCUGAUCUCAGCUGAUAUUUUUGUUAAAUAAAUUGUCUACCUUUUAAGAGG